GGUCAUCUUAUUUCCGCGUGUUUCCGCGCGAAAAGUAUAUAUACGAUUAUAUAUGAAUUAGAAUCAGUUGAAUUAGUUAAUAUUAUAAAUAUAAGCUAUGGAUAAGAGAAAGUUAAAAUUCAAAGGUAGCUUGCACAAGAACUUAAUAGGAAGCCAAGUAUCGUCACAAAGUAACGCUUCUAAUACUAAAUCAUUAACUCAAAAACCUGCAAAAACUAAAAGUUUAUUAUUAGCUGAAAAAACAUUGUCAACUCAAAGCGAAAGCAAGUCAUCAGAUGAAGAUUUAUUCUCAAACAAAGAUGCAGCAUCUACAAAUACAAAAAAGAGUAAACUAUCAAAAGAAAAUAUAGUAUCACGAAAACGCAAGUCGUUUAGUUUCAGUGCAUUAAAUUGUGAAAGUGAUGAUGAUUUAGGCCAUCCUUUGGCAGAAUCUACAGUAUUAAAGAAAAGACGUAAUGAUACUAAUGUUACACAAAAUGAACAUGAAAAUAUUGGCUGUAAGGAUAAUUCAAAGAAUUUAUUAGCAACAGUAGAGAAUAUCAAUAAAGAUUCUGUUACAAAAUGUGAAUUUAUUGCAUUUUUAUCUGAAUCAGGUAUUAAAUUAAAUUCAGUUGCUCCACAUUUGCUUUGUAAAAAUAUUAUAACAGUUCAAAAAAAUAUGAAAAAAUUAUUAGAUUCAAAAAAAUAUGAAAAAAAGAAGUUAAUUACUCUGAUGGAAAAAUAUUUUGAAAAUGAACAAAAUCUUGAAAAUGCACUAGCUGACAUGGAACUAUUUGUUAAUGAUGAAGUAUCAAAUGUUUUGCAUGGUUCAUCUCUUAUAAAAAUCUUAUUACAAAUUCCAGAAUUGCAUCCAGAGAUAUACAGUAGUCUAUUAUCUAAACUUAACGAAUCUGUGCUCAUAGCUGAUUCCAUUGAAUCAGUGCCUUGGACUCUUUCACUGUUGCAACAAUUUCGAUUUUUGGAUGUUGUAACUAAUUCUGAUGUCUUAACCAGUAGCUUAGAACAACUUCUAGAAUCAUGUCCUGUAUGGUUUCAAAGUGAAUUACUGCUGUUUUUACCUGAUAUCAUAACUGAUAAACAGCAUCAAACUAUUGCUGACAUUUUGAAUAAAGUUCUAGAAGAGAAUUCCGAAUUAAUAAAUUUAAUAUUAAAUUGUAUGAGUAAUUUAAAUCUUGGAAAAGAAUAUUUAAUUGAAUACAAGGAAAAAAUACUCAAUUUAUUAAAAACAAAUGUAAAUUUAAACGCAAUAUCAGCUAUUGUAAGCUUUGUGUUAGAAGAUUGUGCUGAUACAGAAGUUUUUGGAAAAACGUUAAAAAUAUUACGAAAUAUCGAUAUGCAACCUCUUGUUGGAGAAAAAGUUGAAGAGUGUUAUAAAAAUCAACUAAAUAUAGUUAAUAUUCUAAAGAUGAGUAUGUUAACAUCAAAAAAUAUAGUAAAUGCAACUAUAACAGUUAUAAAAGAUAUUACUAAAGAUCCAAAACCAUUAGACAUCAUUCUUUUACUACUUAUAUUUUCAACAACAGAGUCAAAGAAAAGAAUUAUUGAAACUAUGUUUAAACAGUAUAUACGCUCUGGAUUUUAUAGAACGAGUUUAUUAACUUCAUUAUACAAUGAUUAUAAACAGGUCGUGCAAGAAUUACAGUCACCAGCAUUGCAAAUAUCAAGUAAUUUAUUAAAAACAGAUGAACGUGUAUAUAUUGACUUUGCUAUUGACUGGUUACGUUUACAAUUUAUGUGUCAUAAAGAAAAUGUAUUUAAGCAACGUGAGAUUCUAGAAAAACUUAUAUUUCUUAUGGGUGAUAAUGAUCAAACAAUUAAAAAUGCUCUAGCAGUCCUUUGUAAAAUGGUAACAAAAGAAGAAGAAAGACAAUGUUUAACACUGCAUUGUAAUCACCUUCGCAUUCUACUUGAAAAAAUGGAUAACUUAGCCUUAGAAGAAGUUGGCACAUUAAAUGAUUUAUUGCAGUAUUUGUGUUCAAAUUCCAGUUCUAUUGCUGAUUCUUUACGUGAUGACUUAUUCAUAUUACUUCAAAAGCAGUUGUCUAACUUUAAACCAUUAAUAAAAUGUAAAGGUGUUUUAGCAUCGGUUAUGGCAAUAAAACACUUGAUGCUGAAAGCAGAAACAUCUGAUGCAGCUUAUAAUUUAUUUAAAACAGUAUUAAAAAAUGUAAAGACUUGUCCAAGAUCGAAUGCGCUAUUUUAUGAUCAAUUAACAUGUAUUAUUUCCGAAACUGAAAAUGUUGAUAUACAAUUUAUAAAAAGCCUUACAAAUUAUGUUGAAGAAGAAUUUAUUAAUGUAAAUAUGAUUGAUAAAACAAAUUACAGAGGAGAAUUGGUACCUAAAUUUGGCUUGAACAAUGUAGAAGAUGAACCACAAAAUUGUGUUCUAACUUUUGAAGAUAAAAAGUAUGGCGCAAUUGUACCAAUUUCGUUUAAACUUCUCAGGACUUGCUGUAUAAGACUGAGUGAAAAUGGAAAUUUAGAAGCCAUAGAUUCUCUUUUAGGAUGUGCAAUAUUAAUGCCAGAACAUUUUGAUAUCGCAGAAAACCAUAUAAUGGAUUUAGUAAUAUGCUGCAUUAACUGGUUUCGAGAAAUAAUUAAUGGUUUUGUUACACAAAAAGAUCCUUUAUUAAGAAAACAGGUGUUACAAAGAUUAAAUAAUCUUAUUGAUUUACAAAAUGAAUUAAGAAUGAUGUUUACUCUAUGUGAUACAAAGUAUCAACCACCUCCAAGUUAUUUUCACUAUUUUCCAACACCACAAUUUGUAAGAAUUGAGAAAAAGAUAGGCAGAAAGGGUAAAAAAGGAAAAAAGGAAUCCAAGGAAAAAUCUGUCAGUUUUAAUGAAACUGAUAACUGGGAAUAUGGGUCUACAAUAUGUGCUAAAAAUCCAGCAUAUUUCAGAAAAUUAGAUGCCUCGAUAGUACAUUUAUUAGAUGUAAGAAUGGAAAUGCAUAAAUCACAAUCUACAAAUUGUUAUAUAUCUGUGAAACAAAUAUGUUUCAUCGUUAAAGAAUUGUUAGGAGUUUUUGGAUAUGAUGCUAAUGAAAAGUUUAUAACAGAUUUAAUUGAAUUAUUGCCUAAAGUUUGUAAAAAAUUGCGAGAUAUUGUGGAUACUUUAAGAGAAGACAAUAACAGUCAAUAUAGAGAAGCUGCUAGAUUACUGUUAUGUUUGUUAACAAAGAUUUUUAAUUGGAAAGGAUUUGAGAGUGUCACUUACAAUGUAUUGUUAAGAGAGGGUUUACGGACUUUAGCAAGUCAAGUAAAUGAAAGUAAUGCUACAUUAAGAUCCUGCAAAGAACUUGUUACAGAAGCUUGCAAGUAUUUUGAAUCUUUAUCUGAUAUUGCAACACAAAUAUCUCUAUCUACCACGUUAAUUAAUAUGUGUAAAUCUUUAAUGAAACAUUCUGAAUCUUAUACUAAAGAAAAUAAAGAAAAAUAUGCAAAAUUAGCAUUUGGAUUUUUAUCUCUUCAAUGGCCAGAAGAAAAACAUGCUAGUCAACAAUAUAAAACAUCAGUAAUUGAAUUAUUAAACAAUUGGAUUGAUAAUGAGCCAUUACCAUUACAGACAGUUACUGUAAUUUUGGAAUGGUUACCAAAUGAAACUACAAACUUGGAAAAUCCUAAAAGUUCUUUAAGUAAAAUACCUUCAAUAACAAGGAAUAACUAUCAUUUUUUGCUUAAAAAGAUAUUCGAUGGUUUGAUUAAUGGUAUAAAAAUAGCACUUCCAUUAGCUGAUAGUGAUCCUGAAAGAAUAAAAUUAUGGUAUGAAGUUGCAACAAGUGUUCAAAAAUUGGUUCAGAUAUGUAAAACUUUAACUACAAAAAAUAAUGUAUUAAUUUUUUUAAAACAUAUGCCCAUUUUAUUGAAAUCUUUUCUAAAUCUUGGAAUGCCAGUUCUUGAAUAUAAUUUAAAAUAUCAAACUGAAGAUGUUACUAAAAUAUUGAAAAUGAUGCAAGGAGGUACACGUUAUAUGCACACAAUAUGUUGUGAUAGCGCAGAAAAGAAGGAUCUUACAUUAACAAAGUAUAUCCCAGCAGCUAAAUCUAUAUUGGAGAAGUUAAUUUACAGUGUUAAAGGAAUGUUAGUUCUUAAUAACAGUCCUGCUGCUUUUUGGAUGGGGAACCUUGUUAAUAAAAAUUUAGAAGGUCGUGAAAUUCUCUCACAGACUGCAUCAUCAGAAGAAACUACUUUACCAAGUUCUGAUAUUAUUGAUGAUGCAAUUGCAGCUGAUGUGUCAUCAGAUAUCUUAGAGAGUGAUAAUUCAAGUGAUGAUCUUGCAGAAGAAAAUGAUUUAUAAUGAACUUUAUUAUUUAUUCAUAACGAAUUAAAAGGAAUCUCAAUAAAUUGUAGAUUAGUCGUGAAUAUUUUUACAUUUAUGACACAUUAAAGUGUGUAAAAUAUAUAUUAAAUGU